AGACACGGAGAACCAAUAGGAUGCAAAGAUCCAUCAGUUUGGAUUGGAGGCCCCUGGAGGAGAAGUAGAGGAAAAGCCUCGGAAUAAAGCACUGUCAGUGGUGCGUUUUGCUUCCAUGGGGGAAGUGCUGGGGAAUAAUUAAUGUUUUUAUUAAAAUUGGAGGGACUUUUUGGUGCGUGUGUGUACGCAGCCGAUCGUCUUGCGGUUACCUUCAGGCUGCUCGGAGGCUACAUCUGGAGGAAAUCUCUCAGUCCAAUGUCCAGAAAACAGUAGUAAAAAAAAGUCUUCAGAAUGGAUGGAUUUUAUGACCAGCAAGUGCCUUACAUGGUCACCAAUAAUCCCUGUGGGAGAAACUGUAAUGAGCGUCUAGCAAACGUCAGGAAAAGAAAAUUCAUUAACAGGGAUCUGGCUCAUGACUCAGAAGAACUCUUUCAAGAUCUGAGCCAAUUACAGGAGACGUGGCUUGCAGAAGCUCAGGUACCUGACAACGAUGAGCAGUUUGUGCCAGACUACCAGGCUGAAAGUUUGGCUUUUCAUGGUCUCCCAGUGAAAAUCAAGAAGGAACCCCACAGUCCGUGUUCUGAGCUCGGCUCUGCUUGCAGUCAAGAACAGCCGUUCAAGUUCAGUUAUGGGGAAAAGUGCCUGUACAAUGUCAGUGCCUAUGAUCAGAAGCCACAAGUGGGAAUGAGGCCCUCCAACCCUCCAACUCCGUCAAGCACUCCAGUUUCACCACUGCAUCAUGCAUCUCCAAACUCGGCUCAGAAUCCUAAACCUGACCGGGUUUUUCCUGCUCAUUUGCCUCCAACCCAACCCAUGCCAGAUAACAGCUUCCCUAUGGACCACAGAUUUCGCCGUCAGCUCUCAGAACCUUGCAAUUCAUUCCCUCCUUUGCCUACAAUGCCAAGGGAAGGACGCCCAAUGUACCAACGGCAGAUGUCUGAGCCAAACAUCCCUUUUCCACCACAAGGGUUUAAGCAGGAGUACCAUGAUCCAGUAUAUGAACACAGUGCUAUGAUUGGUUCAGCCAGUCAAAACUUCCCCCCUCCUCUGAUGAUUAAACAGGAACCUAGAGAUUUUGCAUAUGAUUCAGAAGUGCCUAGCUGCCAUUCCAUUUACAUGAGGCAAGAAGGCUUCCUGGCUCACCAAAACAGGACAGAAGUUAAGUGUUGUAUGUAUGAAAAGGGACCAAGGCAGUUUUAUGAUGAUACCUGUGUUGUUCCAGAGAAGUUUGAUGGAGAUAUUAAGCAGGAGCCAGGAAUGUUCCGUGAGGGUCCAACAUAUCAGCGGCGGGGCUCCCUCCAGCUGUGGCAGUUUUUGGUAGCUCUUCUUGAUGAUCCAUCAAACUCUCACUUCAUUGCCUGGACUGGCCGAGGCAUGGAAUUCAAACUUAUUGAACCAGAAGAGGUGGCACGUCGCUGGGGGAUUCAGAAAAACAGGCCAGCUAUGAACUAUGAUAAACUUAGCCGUUCACUUCGCUAUUACUAUGAGAAGGGCAUCAUGCAAAAGGUCGCCGGAGAGAGAUACGUGUACAAGUUUGUUUGUGAUCCAGAAGCCCUCUUCUCCAUGGCCUUUCCAGACAACCAGCGCCCCUUGCUGAAGACUGACAUGGAGCGCCAUAUCAACGAAGAGGACACGGUGCCUCUGUCUCAUUUUGACGAGAGCAUGGUCUACAUGCAAGAGGGGGGCUGCUGUAAUACCCACCCUUAUAAUGAAGGCUAUGUAUAUUAACUGUGGUGACACUGAAAAUACUCCUGCCCCCCUUCUCCUGAGCUUUUCCUCUUUCAUGAGACCAGGAGGAAAGCUGACUCCCCUUCAGUUGGUUUUGUAAAAAAAGAAAAGAAACACAAAAAUUUUAAGAGAGAAUAAAGUAGUACUAUAAGGGGCUUUUCCUGUUGCAUUACUCCUAUGGUCUGCCGUGGACAGUGCACUUUAUCUGAAUUGGGAGGAUUGGGGUUUAACAAUUUACUCUGUGUAACAGGAGGGAAAGGGUGGGUCUACUUUUUUUGUUUGUUUGUUUUCCUUUUUUCUCCUUAAGAUUGGGAAGGGAACAUACAGGUUUUAAGUACAAUGAAGCUGUAUCAUGUCUGUUUUUGUUUCAUAUUGGCUUAAAAAUAUUGUACAUGUUCUCUGGGUAUCCAUAGUACAGUUAAUUCUAGAUAUGUUAAAUAACCAUUUGUACACUUUUGGAAGAAUUAUCUGUCAUGGACACUAUUCUUUUUUUUUUUUUUGCUUUUGGUACACUAUAUUCCUUGUUUUAGAAGGACAACCAAUGACUUAUGUUGCAGGAUUCUAUGGAAGCUAGCACCUCAAAGCCUUUCUGUAUGUGUGAGUGGUUUUUCUUUUUAAAGUAACCUCCUUAAUCUUUAUUUGCCCUCACUUGGUUCUUUUGGGUGUCUACACGUCUUUUAUGCUGCCUUGUGUUCUUUAAUGAGUCAUUAAGGAAGGCAUUCACUGUUGACUGAAGAGCACAAUUCGUGACUUAAAACUGCAAAUUGCAGAGUUAUAGCUUAGCUUCUUGUAUCUGGUGCCAUCUUGCUAUGCAAGUACAGCACAUCUGAUCUUUUUAGACCUUUCAAGAUCUAUCUGAGUGUAGUAAUUACAUGUGCUGGACCAUUAUGGAUAUCAUCUCAACAUUAAAUAUAGGAUUGUGAUCACAGAAGAGAAGACUUAAUAGCAUCCCCUCCAUUUACUUUGAUACAUACAUAAGUUAUUUAAUCAAUAGGAAUUAACUGUACUAGGUCACAUAUCUCAUUUUGCUGUUUAGACCACAGCAAGCACUCCUUGAGCAAAAUAUCCAAUACACUAAAUAGGUACUUUAGUAAUUUUUAGACAUGGUACCCAUUAAUAUGCAUUUAAGCCUUUUACUGCUGUGUUAUGUUGAUAACAUAUAUACAUACGUAGAUAAUGCUAAUGCUUCUGCUGCUGUCUUUUUUCUGUAAUAUUCUCUUUGCUGAAUUUACUAUGCCCAUUUAUAAGCAAUGCUGUAACUACAGAUAGCAUUUCAGGACAAAAUAGAUGACUUGAACCAUUUAUUGCUUAGAAACAAAAUAGCUUAUGCCACAGCUGUGCUAUAAGCAGCUUUUAUGCGUGAUGAGAAAUGAAACGGUAAGCGUCAGCUUGCUAAGAGGAGCUCUGUGGAAUCUUUUAUAACUUUCAGUGGAGCAGAGACUUAUAUGAACCGUCAAAGAAUACAAUGAAGAUGGUGUAUGAUGUUGUAGUGCUGGCACUGAUGCUAUCAAUCAAUUUUGUUUUAGACGCUAAAUGUAAAUGUGAUCAGAUAUGGUUGAAAGAUGAUUUACAGGGGUCUUUUUUAUUUUUAAUGUUUUUUAUUUUUUUAAUUUUGAAAAAGGGUAAUGUUGGAAAACAAGACACACCCCUUAUUCUACAUAUAAAAUUAAAAGAGAGAAAAAAAGUUUUAAAUAUUUAUGAGCACCUUUUCCAAAACUCUGAGUUUCUAGUCUGAAAACGAAAGGGGGGGGGGGGGAAUGAGGUUUGAGCUGUCCAGUGGUUAUUUUAAAAAGUGACUCCUCAUCACUUUGUCCUCCAGUGCUAACAACUGGAAGAAGGGGGAAGGGAGUCAACUCCAUAAUCAUUAGCCAGAGAAAUAAUGUUUCAUUGUAAAUGACAUGAUAUCAGAGAUGCCUUGAGGUAGUGAUUUACUUUGCACUCAGUGUCAGUCAGGAAACCAGUAAAGCUAUAAAUGAUUUAUUAUGCAAUUCAUUUCAAACUAACAAAUGUUAGCCACUACAAACCACAGCUAUUGGAAAAAGCACACUGGGUAUGCAUUCUAAAACACCUAGAAGCAGAAAACAAAUGUGCAUGUGUGAAACUCCAGGGCAUGCUAUACCCCUCCAUAAGUCCCAAUGCUAAGGCCCUUCGUAUAGCACUGGUUCUCAGUUGGCUAAUACAUGAACAAAAUACAAAUGCCAUUGGUAUACACCAGUGGCUUCGGAUGGCAUUCCAGGGAACUCUACAGCUGCUUAGAAGCAAGCCAUGGGAUUGUAAUUGAGAAUAACAGGUGAUAAGCUUUCCUUUAAAAAAAUCUUACAGUGCACAGCCACAAAGUUCUCAGAUGCACUUUCCAUUUCACACAGAGUGACUUCAAGUCUUAGUGUGUGAACAGAAUACACUCCCAAGACUAUGUCUCAGAAUCAUCUGCAGAACACAGGAUUCUAGGCAGCCAUUUUAAUGUGGAGGAGUUCCCUGAAGGAAGAAAAUAUAACCCACCCACCCACAGAUUUGAGAAAGAGGAGAAGAGCAUGAAUAUAUACAUGAAGCUGCUUUCUACUGAAUCACACCUUUUGAUCCAUCUCAGUAUUGUCUACUCAGACUGGCGGCAGCUCUCCAAGGUCUCAGGCAGACCUACUGUGUGGUUGUUUUAGCUUGAGAUGCCAGGAACUGAAACCUGGGACCUUCUGCAUGCCAAACAGAUGCUCUGCCAAUGAGCCAUGGCCCUUCCCUAUUCAUGAAAAAAAACCUUAUCUAUAUAGCUAUACUUUUUCAUUAAAACAGAGCGCCAGUGAGUGGCCCACUUCAAUGGAAAGUUCUGUGACAGCUUUUGAUUUUGUCAAUAUCAGAGUAGAGUGUUUCUUGUCAGGAACAGAUGUAUAUUUGGUGAAUGGUGUUGGCUUACUUGAUGGGGGAGGGCCUAAGACUGAUUCAAAUGUCUAAUGUUUUAAAUAUAUAUAUAUUGUAUAAGGUAGUUAUUCACUGAACAAAAAUAAACAAUUCAUCCACCAUUGAAUGAAUUCCCCGAAAAAGUGAUAAAUUGUUUUAUGGAAUUGAUUAGCCCUUUUGAAACUGUAUCUUAAAGAGUUUAUUUCAAGUUCUGUUUUUAUUCCACAUUUUCCCAGGUAGAUUAAUAAAUCUGGCAGCUGAUUUCUGAAA